GCGAUGGGAAAGGCCUGACUAAGUGAUUGCUGAUGCUGAUUUGCGCUGCAGUGGUCAUAAGAAGCGGCUGGCUAGUUUGAUUUAACAUUUACGUCCCUAAACGUAUUAUCAUGGAUGAUGAUAUUACCAUCAUAGAUGCUAAAGUGGAAUCUGAGGAACAAGAAGAGGAAACGGCACCGACCACUGAAAUCGAAAAUGAACCGCCGCAAGAAAACGCUAAUGGCGAAAAAACUGAACCCGAAGCCGAAGCUGAAGCUGAAGCCGAACCCGAAGCCGAGGAGGGAUCCCCUAAGGAGAAGUCUGAGUUGAAGGAAAAAUCAACUGGCGGCAGAAGAGCCAGCCGCUUUCAGCCUUACUCCAAAGACAGGCAUGGCGGUGGUGACAAGAAGAGUGGCCAGAGAAACAGAGUGUUCAUUAGCAAUAUUCCCUAUGACAUGAAGUGGCAGGCAAUUAAAGAUCUUAUGAGAGAGAAAGUUGGUGAGGUUACAUACGUGGAGCUCUUUAAGGAUGCAGAAGGAAAGUCAAGGGGUUGCGGUGUUGUUGAAUUCAAAGAUGAAGAAUUUGUGAAGAAGGCAAUUGAAGUUAUGAACAAGCAUGAUCUGAGUGGCAGACCACUUAACAUCAAGGAGGACCCUGACGGUGAGCAUGCUCGUAGAGUCCUGCAGCGUACUGGUGGGAUGUACCCAGGGGGCCGUGGCCAUGAUGGUGGUCCUGGUGGGAUGAAUCUCCCACCGUCAAUCGCCAACAAUCCCAACAUCCCUCAUGAGGUCAUCAGCUCCCUCCAAGCCGGGAGACUUGGCACCACCGUGUUUGUUGCCAACCUGGAUUUUAAGGUGGGCUGGAAGAAGCUGAAGGAGGUUUUCGGCAUGGCUGGAACCGUCAAACGGGCCGACGUCAAGGAGGACAAGGAUGGCAAGAGUCGGGGAAUGGGCACGGUCACCUUCGAGCAAGCCCUCGAGGCAGUGCAGGCCAUAUCUAUGUUUAAUGGGCAGAUGUUAUUUGACAGGCCCAUGCACGUAAAGAUGGAUGAUAAGUCCAUUCCCCCAGAUGAUUUUCGCCCAGUCGAGAAAUCUGCUCAGUUGCCAAGGGGUCUAGGUGGAAUUGGGAUGGGCCUUGGUCCAGGCGGCCAGCCGAUCAAUGCCAACCGCAUGAGUGGAGGUGGCAGCAUGUCAAACAUGGGCCCUGGAGGUAUGCAUGGUCCUGGGUAUGGUGGAAUGGGGCGAUUGGGAGGAAUGGGCAGUGGAGGGUAUGGUGGCAUGGAUGGCAUGGGGAACAUGGCUGGGUAUGGAGGCAGAGACAUGGCGCCCAUGGGAAGAAUUGGAGACAUGUAUCGCUCUGGAAUGGGAGGUAUGGACAGAGACUUCGGGAGAACUGACAUGUCCAUGAGCCGAAGCUUCGGGGAUUCAUUUGGAGGAAUGGGAAUUGGAUUGGGAGCCUUUGGUGGAGCAAUGGGUAAUGCUGGCAUGGGACCAAUGGGGUCUACAUUAGGGGGUGGAAUGGGGAGCCUGGGCAUGGAUCGGAUGAGCUCCAGCUUUGACCGCAUGGGCGGUAUGGACAUGAACCGCGGGUUCGGUGGUUACGGAGGGGGCUCCAGCUACAUGGGCGGCGGAAUGUCUGACCGGAGUUCGGGGUCGAAGGGUGGCUGCCAAAUCUUUGUGCGAAAUCUUUCCUACGAUCUUACCUGGCAGAAGCUCAAGGAGAAAUUCAGUAUUUGCGGCCAAGUGAUGUUUGCAGAAAUCAAAAUGGAGAAUGGGAAAUCUAAAGGGUGCGGAACGGUCCGCUUCGACUCGCCCGAGAGUGCCGAGCAGGCGUGCCGGAUGAUGAACGGAACCAAGAUCAACGGGAGGGAAGUCGAUGUCCGUCUCGACCGGAACGCUUGAGCUCCCGCGGCGACGUGUCCACCCGUCUCCCACAAGUUUUUGUUUUGUUUUAAAAACACUUGGCCCCGGAAGUCUUUACCGCUCUCCCCAAUUCCAUGAUAAUCACCAGCUUCUGUAUCUGGAUGCGUGUAGUUUGUUUAUAUACCAUUAAACCUUGUUUUUUUUUUUUUUUUUUUGUAAGCCAUUUUUAAUUUGUGGGUCAACAGUUUAUUUGAAUAAAUAAACUUUUUAAUUUUUAA